UAUAAACCUAUCUAUAAUUUUUUAAAUAUUAAAUUUUUUUAAUUUUAAAUGUUAAAAGUGGAAUGUCGCUUUUGCAACAGCAUAAAAACAGUCAAGUAGUGUAUCGACGUUUCCAUGGUGAUCAUCUGUGACUAUUAGCUCUUGUAUGGACGAAAUCGUACAUGUUCUACGUGAUAAGAGUUUUCUCCUAGAAUUUAUAUCAUUUAUUCGUAUGAUCAAUCGAGUAAUCAAUUCAAUACUAUUCAACAUUCAUACUACUAGUAUUAUCAAUCAGAUACUUUCUACACAUAUAUUUUAUAUUUAAAUAAGAUGGCAACAGCGAUUAAAGAACGCACAAUUCCUGUCAUGGAUACACUAGUCAAGUAUGACAAUCCUGUUUUGAUUACAACUCAUCCAGAGAAGGUACGUAAAGAUGCAGCGAUAACAAAAAUCGGUGUAGCUGCUUGUAAAAUACAAACGACUUCAACCUCGGUUGACACACGUCGCGAAACUGUGGAAAUUUUAAAUAAAAUUUUGCCACCGAAAGAAUGGGAAGAGGACGGCCAAAUAUGGGCUCAACGUGUAUCUAGUACUCCUGCGACAAGACUAGAUGUGAUAAACUUACAAGAGCAACUUGAUAUGCGAUUGCAACAAAGACAAGCUAGAGAAACGGGUAUUUGUCCUGUUCGUAGGCAGCUCUACACCCAAUGUUUCGAUGAAUUAAUACGACAAGUAACUGUGAAUUGCGCCGAGCGCGGAUUACUAUUAUUGAGAGUGAGAGACGAGAUUAAAAUGACAUUGGCUGCGUAUCAGACAUUGUAUCAAAGUAGUAUUGCUUUUGGAAUGCGUAAGGCGUUACAAGCGGAACAAGGUCAGGAAAAUUUAAUGAAUACAGUCGAGGAAUUACGAUUACAAAAGAUUGAAUUGGAGAAAACAAUUGCAGAAUUAAGACUUAAGUUUGAUCAAGCCGAGAGAAGAUCGGCUGAAUUGAGAGAAGCCGAAGAAAAGAAACACACGGAAGAAGUGCAAUUCCUUAAAAAAACAAAUUUGCAACUAAAGACUCAAUUAGAAGGUAUUAUAACGCCGAAAAAGUAAGAAACUAAGAUGUAAAAAGAAAUGGGACUUGAAAUGGAAUUUAUACGCAGAAGCGUAAUGUUUUAUCUACAAAUAAAUAUAUAUGUCAUGUAUAUUUCUACAUAGCUUACUGAUAAUCGAUAGAUAACGUAACACGUAACUAUUUGAAUAGGGAUGAAGAUAAAAUUCCAAUAAAUGCGUAUUCUAUUGCCUAUAUAAAUAAACUAUUUGUUUAUUGCAGAUACACACAAAUUGUUUUUAUAGCUUAUUGCUUUUUAAUCAUAAACUUAGCAAAAUAUUUUAAAAGAUACGUUAUUGUUUCAUACAAAUUUAUCAAAUUUCACUGGCGGAUUUAUGGAAGAUUAGUACAAAAUAUAGGCAUAAACUAUAAUGUUAAUUAUAAAAACUGUUUUCUGUUCGCACGCAAAUCAUAACGUUAUCUAUAGAAGAAAAAUAUAUUUCAUUUCUUUUGUGUUUCAAAUAAUAAAAUGGAGAUAAAGCUAUGUGAAAAUUUAUAAUUUAUAUUUAUAAUGUACAAUUGUCCUUUUUCCGGAACUGUUAUUUAUCUGCUAAUCUGUUUAUUAUAUGUUCUAUUCUCUAAAUUUCUUCAAAAUUUUUCAAAUUUGACACAAUAACGGGAAAUUAGAAAGAUCUUUCUACAGAUUGUAAAAUAUUCGAUUCCAUAUUGGACAAUACUUUAUAGCGUUUAAAGAGCUUACAAACACUAAUUUGAACCACAUUUGAAGACAACGUUGGAACAUUAAACAUGUAUCCAACCGUAACAGUUAAAAAUCACAUCUAUGUAGUAAAAAAUGUCGCAUAGAUUAGUGUUUAACAUUUUGCUUUAUAGCAUUUUUACUGUUGACAUUAUAUUGCAAAAGUGAAGUUGUGAGGGAGAGUAAGCAAGGAGAAGAAAUGUUAUCCUUUGUCGUAUCUGAAAUUGUUAACAAUAUGUACGCACACACCUUCCUGCCUCCCUUCCUCUGUCGCUCGCGCGCGUGUAAAUUGGCACUCUUAACUUUCACACAAUAUCCAUAAUUCAAUAUUAUUGAUUUUAACAGUAAACAUUAUAACAAUAAAUUGUCUAUCGGACGGCUUGGAAACAAUUCGAUUAAGUCGAUUAAGUAGAUUCACAAUCAAUGAAACGGAGUUUUUCUUUCUUCUCCACUUGCUUACUAACUGCUAACUAACUGCUUAAUAUUCAACCGCAUCGAUAGCGCACACAUAGUGCCUUUCAAGUGUCUUCGCUACAAAUUUCUUAAUACAGUUAAUAAACUCGUCUAAUUUCACUUAUUGGUCCCUCAUUCUCUUAAUCGCACUUGAAAUCGCGGAUAAUAGCGCGAAUUUACUCAAUUUCACAUUUAUUCAUAUUUAUCGCAAAAUACACUAAAUUUCGUUUAUUCACACUUUUUAUCGAAUAUAUAUGUAUAUAUAUUUAAUCGUAUUUUCUUGGAUUAAGUAAAUACUUAAUAUAAAAUAAUAUUCUUAAACCUAAGACGAUAACCUAAGACUAUUACGAAUAUAUUAUAAAUGACUAAUUAUUUUUAAAUGUGAUGCCUUCAAUUCUUUAGACCCUCAUAUGGGUAUAUACUUUACUAAACAUACAUCCAAGCUAUAUGAAACAUGGACCACAUAUAUGCAUAUAGAUGCAAAAUCUUUUCCGAUUAUACAUCAAAAAAUUUAACAUUCUCUUACAUUACUCGAAUGUGAUAUGGAUUUGUUUCACAAUGUAAUAUAUUACAGAAAAUAUUUCCGUAAAGUAUAUAUUAAAACAUAUAAUAAAUAAAAUAUUCUAUAAACAUAAAAUAGGCCAUUGACCAAUUUCAAGUGUAUAACUUAAACAUUGUAUCAGCAGCGUUAUUUAUAAUGUUUUUUACACGACAUAAACAAAAUAAUUAUAGCAAUGACGAUUUUAAAACACGCAUUUCUUAUAUUAUGCUGCAAUGAAUAAAUUACAUAUAAAUCAUGCGUACAAAUCAUAUUGUAAUGAAUAAUUUACAUAUAUAUACAGGGUGAUUCAAAAUAACCGUAUGUCCUUAAAGGGACAUAUUCCUGAGCGUAUUCUGAGACAACUUUUCCUUUGGCAAAAGUUUGUGCGGAGCUUAAUUUUUAAAUUAUAAAAGAAAAUAGUUAGCGUAUCGUGAGUUGAGUACAAGAAACAAGCAGGGGCGCCGCAACUCACCGCUACACACGGGUGUUUACGUGAGGCGCCUGCUACAAUCAGCUGACACUCACGAUACACAAUUACUCAGAUAGAAAAACACGUGUUUCUUUUUUCGAGUAAUUUUCACGCAUCAAGUGAUUAGUAGUGAUCAUUAAAUAAAUUCCUUGUUUUAUCGAUGAAGUGAGUGAACAGAGUAUGUGAAUGUGUUGUGUUUUAAAACGUGAGACGUGAACCAUAAGAAAGUGGAAAAACUUUUACUCGAUAUGGAUCUGUCUCAUCGCGGGAGAAAGAGAGAGAGAAAGAGAGAAAGAGAGAUGCGUAUACGUAUUUGUGUAUCGUGAGUGUCAGCUGAUUGUAGCAGGCGCCUCACGUAAACACUCGCGUGUAACGGUGAGUUGCGACGCCCCUGCUUGUUUCUUGUACUCGACUCACGAUACGCUAACUAUUUUCUUUUAUAACUUGAAAAUUAAGCUCUGCAUAAACUUUUGCCAAAGGAAAAGUUGUCUCAGAAUACGCUCAGGAAUAUGCCCCUUUAAGGACAUACGGUUAUUUUGAAUCACUCUGUAUAUAUAUAUAGGGUGUUUCAGAUCAAAUGCAGGUCCUUGAAAAGGUGGAUAGAUCUCGAUAACGUGAGUAAAAAAUGUCCGUACAAGAAAAUUAUGAGGUUAAUAGUUUCUGAAUAAAAUGCAUUUGAAGUUAACCAAUCACGGGGUUCGCAUUUCGCGCUGUCAGGAGCAGCGCGACAUGAAUCAUUUUCGUUUGCAAUACAUUCUGCCACAUCAAUUACAUAUCGUUUAGAAAUUAUUAUUAACACUAUCAUAUUAGUAAACAUUAAAAUAAAACUCAAUUGUUUUAAACAAUCGCUUGUGUAUAAGAAAUAAAUUCUCCUGACGGCGCGAAAUGCGAACCCCGUGAUUGGUUAACUUCAAAUGCAUUUUAUUAAAAACUAUUGACCUCACAAUUUUCUUGUACGGACAUUUUUUACUCACGUUAUCGAGAUCUAUCCACCCCUUCAAGGACCUGCGUUUGAUCUGAAACACCCUGUAUGUAUGUAUGUAUGUAUAUAUAUAUAUAUAUAUAUAUAUAUAUAUAUAUA